AACCGAAAACAACCACAAUCCCAAGGGACUUGCAAUGGCUGACCAGCGGCGGAUAAGGGUGACGUAUGGUGGUCGUGGCGGCGGUGGAGUCUCCGGCGAACAGAUUGAGGGUUCGGGAACUCGUCACGCUAUAUCUAGACGUUUGAACGCCUCAGUUAGGCGGGAGUCAGGCCGUUUAGGAAAUACGGCCGAACCGUUUGAUCACCAGCAGCAAUAUGGGUAUGGUGGUAACUGGUCGGGGGAGCAUCAGCCAGAACGCAUCAUCCCCAUGUACUCGUCGGGUGGAGUGUCUUCACCUUCAUCUGACGAUGAGGACGACGAGGCAAGUCAGGCUUCCCGCGAUGAAGAGUAUGACCCUCGUUAUUAUCAUACGGUGCAUAGGGGUCAGACUGGGAGAUUUGUCAGCAGUAGUCAAAACCAGUCAGCCUUCCACCAGCUCAGCAGAUGCAUGGGUAGUGCAGGAGGUGAUGCCAGGAGGUCCUGAGGAUGGGACCGUUAUCCCUAGCUUUGGGGGGCACGUGGCUGCGUAUAUAUGGGGCGGGCAGGAGCGUAAUGUUUU